CGCCAGGGAGCUCAUUGUGCGGAGUGAUCUGAUACGGACUACACCCAGCAGCCGCCGCCUCACUGCCCUGGCUUUCUUUGCUGCCCCAGCCUUCGCGUUGGUCAACGUCGAAGUGUGGGUUAGAUUGGAGACUCUAGAUUCGCCUGGAGACUUCCCUCCCUCACCUUCCUGAUCGCGUGUCUUUCUUUUUUUGGUAACCUUACCCGCGAAGCUCUGUUUUUUUAUAUAUAUAUAUAUAUAUCUAAAUUUAUAGCGUCAGUUUCUUGAAUAUGUCUUGGCAAAGCUACGUGGAAAACCUGAUGGCCGAUGGCAGCUGUCAGGAUAGCGCCAUUGUUGGGUAUACGGACGCCAAAUAUGUGUGGGCAGCGCAUGCCGGUGGCACAUUCAACAACAUAACGUCUCAGGAAAUUGACGUCCUUGUUGGUAAGGACAGGGAGUCGUUUUACACAAACGGUCUCACUCUGGGCUCCAAGAAGUGUUCCGUCCUCAGAGACAGCCUCCAUGAUGACGGCGACUGGACGAUGGACAUCCGGACAAAGAGCCAGGGAGGAGAACCCACGUAUAAUAUUUCUGUAGGAAGAGCUGGAAAAGUUUUGGUUCUUGUAAUGGGCAAAGAAGGGGUCCAUGGAGGCGGCUUGAAUAAGAAGGCUUACUCGAUGGCAAAAUACUUGAGAGAUUCGGGGUUUUAAUGUUGUCGUGCUGAUGUAGAUAAAAGUUGAGGGACAAAAGAGGAAAAAAAUUAUUGCUGUUAAGAUUUCUCCUGCAAGCAGUGAAAUGUUUUGGAAACAUUUAAUAGCAGUGAAGAGUGAUGAGAUACUGUGUCACCUUUUGUUCUCACCCUUUCAUCCUGUAUGGGGGGGGGGUGGGGCUCUUCUAUUUCGUUCAUUUGUCUUUUUUUUUUUUUUUCCCCCUGUGCUCCAGUAUUGGUUUUAGUCAUGGGAAAGGAGGCGGUCCAUGGUGGGAAUCUUAACAAGAAAGCACAUGCAAUGGCUGAGUACCUGAGGAAGUCUGGAUACUAAGCAACCUCGCCGCCACCCAUUGGUCAAAUUAGCAGCUCCCUCACCCUAAUGUGUUGACACUACUUCCUGGAUUAGGUGGCAAACAGUGUUACUUCCUACCCAGUCUUCUUUCAUAUGCUUCAUAUGGUCUUUUGUUGGCUCAACUCCCAAACAUUUUUUUUUUUUUUCAAGUUCCAUCGCUUUAAUGUUGUUCAUCAUGAUUGUCGACACUACGGUUAUGGCAUGUUUAUGGAGAUGUUUAAUCAACCAAACAUGUUUAAACAAAAAAAAAAAAAACAUUAAAAUUGCAUACUUAACUACAUAUGUCAAAUAAAUUUGGACGCAUUGUUAACAUGAACUGGCUUGUUUUCUCUGUACACACGAAGCUAGUUUUCUUUUUGUUUUUUUAUAGCAUUAUUAAACCGAUGCCUUUUUUAUACAUUAGCAUGCAGGAAUUUUGAACGUUGCAUGUAGGAGCUUUAUCAUAGCAAACCCAGCCCUGUUCCCCAUGUUCUUCCUCAGUGUUUCAGCCAGAACUAUCCAUCACCUGCUACCGUCCAUGACAGGAUUAAUUUUUGUUAUUGUACCUGAAUGUGGUCUUAAAGUAACCGGUGAGGCGUCGGGCUGUUUUUGAGUGUAACUUAAGGUCAGCGUCUCACCGGUCGUCAUGCUUGGUCCCAUCUUGGAGUCUCAGUGAGCGAUCCAUCUCUUACAGAUGUUCCUGUCAUCUCCUGCUAUGUAUACUUUUUAAAUAAAUUUAUUUUUUUUUGGCUGUAAAAACACUACACCAUUGUGAGCACGCCCUCCCAUGUGGACCAACUUCCAUAGGAGAGGUACUUUAGCUUAUUAGAGGUGAUUGUUGGCUGCCUAGACACCACCGAGGCGACUUCAGAUGACUGUAAAACAUGUAACUGCUUCUUUAGACUUCACUAAAAUGUUUCCUCACUAACAGAGUUAUCGCUAACUUGAUGUGCAUUGAUUACUACAAAAGGCAAUGUCAUUUUUACUACAGUGUGAAUGCAUUUAGACUGUACACCGAGGCUGCUGGGCUCCAACACCUUGGGAUUAUUUUGCCUUGUGCUUUAGUCAUCAAAGUGUAUUCACAACUUGUCAUAGUAUGGUACCUAGAAAUAUAUUAAAACAAUGCUGUGUACACUAAACAUUGAAAAUGGUGUUGGUUGGAAUAAGAACAUUUGUAAGUUGUCUUGUGCUUUUUUUUUUUUUUUUUUCCUCCCCUGAAAAAUAAUUGUAUUCUGUGCCAUAAAAAUCAAUUUGUGAUCUGAUACUAAUCGGAGUUGGAUUUGUAUCUGCUGUCCCAGUGAGAAAUAACUUUUAAUGGCACUUUCUUAAGGGAUAUUUUGGCAUUGGUGAUCUCCAGACUUUAUGGGAUAUGUACAGAAUUAAAAACAACAACAAAACAAGCUUGAAA